UAAAUUGCAUUUCUGGUGCUAAAAUGAAGAGGAAUCAAGCAAAAUACCUAUUUAAGAUUUUCUUCCAAAUAUAUAAUUAUCAAAUCAAUCCAUACAUAAAUGGCAUUCACAUAAAUGAAACUGAGUGGGAACGGCCGAGUUCUCUAUAUACGUACCUAUCCAUUUUAAUGCAGAAAACCACUGAAGUAGAAUGCCCAACCAGUCAACAGCACCUCGCACUGAAACAAAUGUGCCCCCACAUAGAUAUACACUCACUCUGUAUCUAUAUAUCUACCAUUCAACCCAUUUUGCAUGCCCUUCAAAUAUCUUAUAAAGCAGACCUCUCUCUCUCUCUCUCUCUCUCUCUCUCUCUCUCUCUCUCCCUUCACAACCAAACAUUGAUAUUCUCUGAUCCAUAUUGUCAUGGCGGUCUCAUGGGAAGAAAGCGUUGAGCAUUCCAUCAAUACAAUUUACCUUCUCUUCUCAGCCUACCUCGUCUUCGUUAUGCAGCUCGGCUUUGCCAUGCUCUGUGCUGGCUCCGUACGAGCCAAGAACGCCAUGAAUAUAAUGCUCACCAAUGUCGUCGAUGCUGUGGUUGGUAGUCUUUCUUAUUACCUCUUUGGUUUCGCUUUUGCUUUUGGUCAAUCUAAUCCUUUCAUUGGUACGGACUUCUUUGCUCUCAAAGAUAUUCCCAAUUCCACUUAUCAGUAUAGCUUCUUUCUCUACCAAUGGGCUUUUGCCAUAGCAGUUGCUGGUAUAACAAGUGGUUCUAUAGCAGAGCGAACCCAGUUCAGUGCUUACCUUGUAUUCUCGUUUUUCCUAUCUGGGUUUGUCUAUCCUGUGGUGGUUCACUGGCUAUGGUCGUCUAAUGGUUGGCUCAGUGCCAGCUCUAGCCUGUUGCUGUUUGGUUCUGGUGCAAUUGAUUUUGCUGGGAGUGGUGUGGUUCAUUUGGUUGGUGGGGUUGCUGGGCUUUGGGGCUCUUUCAUUGAAGGCCCAAGAGUUGGUCGGUUCGAUGUUUUCGGAAAGGCCUUGCCCAUGAGAGGCCAUAAUGCUACUCUAGUGGUGCUUGGAACAUUUUUGUUGUGGUUUGGUUGGUUUGGGUUCAAUCCAGGUUCAUUUGACAAGAUUCUUGUGGCCUAUCAAAGCACAACAGAUCAAGGUAAUUGGACCGCAGUGGGCCGAACAGCGGUAACGACUAUGCUGGCCGGUUCGACUGCCGGAAUUGUAACCCUAUUCUGCCGGCGGUUGUUGGUGGGUCAUUGGGACGCAUUAGAUGUUUGCAAUGGUGUGCUUGGUGGGUUUGUGGCAAUUACAUCAGGUUGUUCUGUGGUUGAGCCAUGGGCAGCAGUAGUAUGUGGUUUUUUUGCAGCUUUGGUCUUGAUUGGGCUAAAUAUUCUGGCUCUGAAACUGCAAUUUGAUGAUCCAUUAGAGGCAACCCAGUUACAUGGUGGAUGUGGUGCUUGGGGUUUGAUAUUUACAGGGUUGUUUGCCAACGAGGAGUUUGUUAUUCAAGCCUAUGAUUCAGGUAAGAGUGGCAUAGCGAGGCCUUAUGGGCUCUUAAUGGGCGGAGGAUGGGGCUUGUUUGGAGCACAACUCAUUGAACUUUUGGUGAUUGUGGGGUGGGUUAGUGUAACAAUGGGACCCCUUUUCUACAUCCUCCACAAGCUUGGGUUGCUGAGGAUCUCUGCUGAUGAAGAAAUUGCAGGACUAGAUAUCUCCAGCCAUGGAGGCUAUGCCUAUGCUCAGUCAGAAGAAAAUCGUCCUCGAUAUACAGAUUACCUGCGCAUGCAGGAGGAACAGUCAAUGACAAAAUGAUCAUCUCUUUCUAUUGAUUAUUUGGAUCCUUUUGUUUCGUCUUUUUUUAUUUUUUAUUUUUAUAUUUUUUGUGUUUUUCCCUUUCAUUAUAAUUCCCUUCCACAAGGAACUUGCUUCCUAAGUCUUCAAAUUUCAGUUAUUCAUGACGUAAACGCAUUUUGAAAUUUUUGGCUCUGAAUUUAUUUAGAA